UCUGCGGAAACCCCCUCGAAUGCGUGUAGUUGUCGAGUUGUUUUCGAAAGCUUAUGUAGUCGGCACGGUUUAACUGUGAUUUAAACAUAUAUGUGGUCACCGGUGUUUACGACGGGGCGACUGGAUUACCGCGGCAGUAUCUUGAUAAAAGGAGGACCGGUUUUCUUGCUCAUUUUGUUUUAGCGUUUUGUAAUGGUUUUGCUAUAACGUUAGUCUUUUGUUGUUUUUUUUGUAUGUGUGAUGGACGCCAUUUUAGGUUGAUCACACUAGCUGCUACUGCUAGCACAUUGUUUCAGGCCUUGCCUCAAACUACGUCGGUUUGUGUUGUGUUCAAAUUUGGACUACACCGAACAAACAUUUCGGAGGAACUUCGAAACGGACACUUGGGCGACAUAUUUGGCAGGACUCUACACGUUCACCUAUAUGGACACCGUUUGAACUCUUUAUUUCUUUGUCAGAGUUGGACCUUACGGACAGCUCGCGGCUAACCGCCAUAUGGCCCUGGGACUUUGAGAACCGCAGGAGAGUUUCUGGCUUCGGCCGGGGAAUUCCGUGGACUAAAAGUCACUUUCGUCAUAAAGAUUGCGUGUUGCACUUGAUCACAAUCUCUUUGAACACUUGAUAUUUUCAAAUCGCAGUUAUUAACUUGAGGCAAAACCCACACGACCUCUUUAGUGGUGACUCUUGAUUAAAGAGAGUGUUGAGAUGAGCAAAUAUGGCUAUUAAUAUGCUUGAAUUGUUAAGCUGAUAAACUGACAUUGAGUAAGGUUGAUCGCUGGGAGAGCCCACGUGAUCGUGCGAAUUGUAGUUGAGUUUGGUUGUGUGUGGUGGUAUCUGACCACAAGGAUUGUUUAAACAUGUCUUGUGUCCAUUACAAGUUUUCUUCUAAACUUAACUACGAUACGGUCACCUUUGAUGGCCUUCACAUCACGCUCAGUGAUUUGAAACGCCAGAUCAUGGGGCGAGAAAAGCUGAAGGCCGCGGAUUGCGACCUACAAAUCACCAACGCUCAAACUAAAGAAGAAUACACUGAUGAUGGUGCCCUCAUUCCCAAAAACUCUUCUGUCAUCAUCAGACGAAUCCCUAUUGGAGGGCUUAAGUCGACAAGCAAAACAUAUGUCAUCGAUCGAUCUGAACCAAGUGGAUCUUCAAAAGCAAUUGAUGAUUCUUCAUCCAUUUCACUGGCCCUGCUUUCAAAGACAGCCAAUCUUGCUGAAACAAAUGCUUCAGAGGAAGACAAAAUAAAAGCAAUGAUGUCUCAGUCCAACCAUGAGUAUGACCCAAUCCAUUAUGCAAAGAAGCUUGUUGGUCCACCUCCACCAAACUACACAUGCUUUCGUUGUGGAAAAACUGGACAUUAUAUCCGAAACUGCCCAACGAAUGGGCAGGAUCGAAGUUUUGAAGCUCCUCAACGGAUAAAGAAAAGCACAGGAAUUCCUCGGAGUUUCAUGGUGGAGGUUGAUGAUCCAAACAGAAAGGGAGUCAUGUUGACCAACAGUGGAAUAUAUGCCAUUCCUACUAUUGAUGCUGAGGCCUAUGCCAUUGGGAAAAAAGAGAAGCCACCAUUCUUGCCCCAAAAUCAAUCUUCAUCUUCAGAGGAAGAAGAUCCUGUACCUGAUGAGCUGCUGUGUUUGAUCUGUAAGGAUCUAAUGACUGAUGCUGUGGUUAUCCCCUGCUGUGGAAAUAGUUACUGUGAUGAGUGUAUUCGGACAUGUUUGCUGGAGUCUGAAGAACAUGUUUGCCCAACCUGCAAACAAUCGGAUGUAUCUCCUGAUGCUUUGAUCGCAAACAAAUUCUUGCGCCAAGCAGUGAAUAAUUUUAGGAAUGAAACCGGAUAUACCAAGAGGAUUCGAAAAGCUGCAGCUGUUACACAAGGAGCCCAAACGCAGGCUACUGUCCAGCGGCCACCUCUGAGACUGGCAACCUCACGCCAGCAGGACCCUCUCAUGGCCAAUGUUCCGAGCUCCACAGCUGAUAGCAGCCCUCCCCAAAGCACACCUGCUGCCCCUUUAUCUCCUGUUAUCACUCAUCAGCCCUCCAGUACUCCACCUUCUUCUAGCACCUCUACUGUACACAGCAGCACCGCACCUGCAGCAUCAAACUAUAGCCCUGUGGUGAACUCUCCUCAGCACUCUGCUAGGCAGGAUGACCCUCCUUCAUCUAAGGAAUCAGAGGUCUCAGCAUCUACUGUCGUGCCUUCUUCGGAAACCUCUGUCCCUACAACUUCAUCUUUUCCCAAGGGAUUCCAUGUCCCAGUGAUUGGAAAGCCGAAUAUGCCUCAGCACCACAUGCACAGACCAGGACAGCCAAGGACUAGUGGACCAAGGCCAACUGGAAGCCGUAGUGCGUGGGAUCCGUCCACAAAUCGAGGGAGAGGUCCUAGUGAGCGACCACAAAGAACACAGCCUCCACCAGUCCAAAAUCUUCCGCCUGUUAUCCCUCCAGUGUAUGGCCCUCCUGCUCUAUUUCCUCCUCCACCACACCCUAUGCCUCAGCCUCCUGGUGUUGUUCCUCAGCAGUAUCCCAUACAGUAUCCUCCUGGACAGCAGCCUCCCCCUCCCUUCAACAUUCCACCACCUGUAUUUCCACCUGUCCCACCUGUGACAGCUCCGUGGGUGCCUCCUGGUGCCCAGCCACCUAUAGCCAACCCUAUCUCUUCUAUGCCAGCAGCACCUUUUCUAUCCAAGGAGGAGUUUUACCGACAGCAGCGUAGACUUAAAGAAGAUUCCCAAUGUCGAUUCGUUACCAGGGAGAAGUCGUCCAAACUUGAAGAGUUUACCAAUGACUUUGCCAAAGAGCUUUUGGAGUAUAGGAAGAUCCAGAAGGAGAGAAGGCGAUCCUACUCUAGAUCAAAAUCUCCAUACAGGGGUUCUUCCUACAGUGGCUCAUCAUAUUCUUAUUCAAAAUCUCGCUCUCGGUCCAGAUCACCACGUUCCUACUCUCGAUCACCAUCCCGGUCUCGGUCAAGAUCGCGCUCCCGAUCACGCUCCUUCUCUCGCUCGCCAUACUCUCGGAGGGGCCGAGGUCGAAGCCGUAGCUAUCGAUCCAGGUCACGGACUCCUACAUACCAUCGCUCCCACAGUAGAUCUCCAUCAUAUAGGGGUCGGGAGAUGAGUGGGAUGGGAGGUGGAAUUUAUCGGUCUCGCUCCAGAUCUCCAAUGUAUAGAAAUCACAGUCCCAGCAAGAAACUCCCUCCCCCUUCUCAAAAUGAGGGUGAGCGCAAAUACACAGGGAGGUACAGAGAGCUCCCUCCUUAUGAUGCUAAGGCUUAUUAUGGUCGAAAUGUAGACCAGAGUGACCCCUAUGAGAGAGAGCGAUACAGAGAGUGGGAAAGAGAAUACAGGGAGUGGUACGACAAGUACCUUAAGAGUUAUAACAACCCACCAAGUGGCCAAAUGAGGGGCCGUAUUCCAGGCACCAGAGAUCCCUUUACUCCUGAGCGUUUUGCUCCUCCCCGACCUAGAGAAAACUCCCCCUAUGGCAGGGGACGUCGGGAGGACUACCCGCCACCACCUCAGAGCCACAGUGUUCCUCCAAGAGGCAGAGUGGCAAUGACAUACCAAGAAAAGUGUGCUGAGAAGUAUGGCCACCUUCAUGUCAACACCACUGGAGCAGUGAGAGGAUUUAACAAAGAUUCUUCGAAAUCUAUCAAGGACCGAGAACCAAGUGGCAGCACUGCUACAGACACCAAGUCACUGAAACAUAAGAAACAUCGCAAAAAGAAAAGAGAUGAUGAUCUAUUCAGCCACUCUGACUCUAUGGAUGAUUCCAGAAAAGAUGAUCGUAAAGGGGACUCCUUGCUGAUUAAUUCAAGCCGUGAUGAUGCCACACCUGUCAGGGAUGAGCCCAUGGAUAGUGCUGCAGUGCCCUACAAGAGAACCCCUGAAAAGGAGAAGAAAGAGAGGACUAAAAGCAAAUCUGACAAAGGUAAACGAAGGUCUGAAAGCAGUGGGCAGAAGGAACCAUCGGGCAAGAUCUCAAAAUCUGUUAGAGAGAAGGAAUCUGAUGCACCGCGAGAGAAGGGGGCUCCCACUGAACCAGCCAUUAAGAGAGUCAAAGACGAACCAUCCCACAAAUCUGAAAUAAGUAAACCUCAGUCUUCAGAGUCCAAACUCAUGCUCCCACGCAAGUUGAUGCAGUCUAGGCCCAUUAAACACCACCAGGAGCUGAAGCCCAUCAAAGAUGAGAUCAAAAGCAGGAAGGAAUUGGUGAAAGACCUUCCAAAGCAAGACAAAGUAUCUGACAAAGAUGGGAAAGUCCCCAAAAAAGAGCAAGAGAAGCCUGUGAAAACUGAGGAGAAGAUGCACACCAAGGCAUCAAGAGAAGUUCCCAAACAGGAGAAAAAGAAACGGAAAGAUGACAAGCCAUCUGCGAAAGACCUGGAUGUCCCUCCUGUAAAAGUAGCAAAAAUGGAAGUUGACGUGGUCAAAAGCUCUCCAAAACCUAAACCCAGAUUGGAGAGUGAAAGGCCAGUUGAGAAGGAGAAAGUAGCUAUUCCGUCUCUGAUGGAUAUUAAGCCUGAGCCUGUAAGAAAGAUUAAAAUCAACAGGGAAAUUGGCAAGAGAAUAUCUAGCAUUGAUCGGCAAGUUUCAGCUGAGGACUCUGCUCAUGCCACAGGAAAGGGCAGGCUAGACAAGUCUAGAGGAAAAUUGAGAAGGAAGGUGCAUGUUUCUGAUGGGUCUGGAUCCUUAUUGGUUGAUUACACCAGCACCAGCUCCACAGGAGGAAGCCCCAUCAAAAAGCAUGAGGAUAAGCUUGACCUGAAGAAGACUGUGGUAAAGACCCUGGAGGAAUACACUAAUGACAGCUCCACCCCUGCUGAGGACGAAAUCGUCAUGAUACAGGUGCCCCGUUCCAAGUGGGAAAAGGAGGACUAUGAAUCUGAGGACGAUGAUUCUAAGGUUGCAACUAGAAAAGAUGGCAUCAACACAUCCAGUUCUGCUCCUUCAGGGGAGGACACUGCUGCGAAAUCAACUGACAAGGAGUCUCCCCAUGAUGAUAAAGCUCCUACUGCCUCCAAAGAGGCAGAUGUCAAACCUGCUAAGGACCCCACAUCAUGUGAUAAGGAGAAAGAUUCUGACAAAGAGCGAGAAAGGGACAGAGGGAAAGAAAGAGACCGCUGCAGCACUGCAGAUCGUGAGGUAACUGAUAAAAGGAAACCUAGUGUACCUAAUCAGGAGAAAGAACAUGCACAGGAGAAAGGCAGUGACCAUGGCAGUGAACGCAGCUGCUCUUCCCAGUCUUCCAGAGACAGGCAAUCUGACAGGCCUGAACCAACCUCUAGAAAGCCAGUAGGUAGAGAGACAACAACAGGCCUUGCCAGUAGGAAACCAGAGCAUAGAGAUGAUGCAAGAGACCACUUAGGCACAAGAUCAAAAGAUGAGAGAAGUCCAAUCAGGAGGAGAGUAUCGCCCUCAAGGGUAAAGGACUUGCAUACAGACUCUGGGAGAAAAACACUUGAAGCCCCACCGGAGUCGAAUAGGAGUCCAAGUCCAAGCAGGAAUAAGAGAGCAUCAUCGCAGAAUGCCCCAGAGCCAAAACGAACUGGCCCAGAGGAUAACAAAGGACACUGGCCAUCCAGUAAAGAGAGCCAGGGUUCUAGGCAUUCUGAUGUGCGUCCUACAAAGGACCGUGAGCACAGGACUCCUCAUAGAGCUUUGACUCCAGAGCCUAGGUCUGAUGCAGAGAAAGGUGGCGUGCAUGGCGACCACGUCAAAGUCCUAUCGGCGCGCUCCACAAGACUGUCAUCGGAUUUAGCACGGGAAACUGACGAGGCUGCGUUUGUCCCUGACUACAGCGAAAGUGACAGCGAGACUUCGGACCCUGAGAGCAAAAUGGAGCAGAGAGGACGAGAGCGGGACAGCAGUGGCAGCCAGAGCCCAAGCCCCUCUGGAAGCCAUGGACCCAGCAGCAGCCCCAGCUCUCCGGGCAGUCAGGACAGUAAAAAAAAGAAAAAGGACAAAAAGGAGAAGAAGGAAAAGAAGAAACACAAGAAGCACAAAAAACACAAAAAGCAUAAGAAACAUACAAGUAAUGAGUCUGAAUCAGAUCUCAAAGGACAGAAACACAAGCAUAAGAAGAAAAAGUCCAAAAAGAGCAAGGACAAGGACAAAGAUGACAAGGAAAAGGUUGAAAGUGAAAGAGAUGAACAUAAGGCAAAAGUCUCUGUUUAAUUCAUGUAUAGGUUUAACCAUUGAUUUAAUUUACUCAACUUUAAGAAGCAUUGAAAAAAAAAUCUAUUGUUCUACAGAAAAGUUUAAGUACUGAUUCAGCUUUCAUUCUUUUUGCUAAUUCUCACUGGUUAACACCAUGUUUUUUUUGUGUGUGUGUGUGUGUGUGUGUGUGUGUGUCUGACCAUGCUAACCUCUCCCACCAAUGCAAGAGGACUUGAACGAUAAAGGUUAUUUAGGUUUUGAAUUUUCAUGAAUAUUUUUUUUUUUUCUCAUUUAAAAUUGUUGCAGAUUCUCAUUACAUCAUGGUUUUGAAUUAAGGCCAUUGUAGAGGAAGCACUUUAGAAAUGUGAAUGUGAUUUUGCAGUUUUGCAAAAUUUGCAGAGUUGCAAAAGCCCUUUUGUACCUCGAUCUCUUGUAUGUUUAAGUUGGAUAUAAACAUAUCAUUAUAACAGUAUGAUAAUAUUGUUACAGAGGUACAGGAGAGUGUCAUCCUGGCAUUGGGCCACACUGAUUUACAAAUUGUAUGUUUUUGCUCUGUGAAUAUUUCCUCUACUCUUUCAUUUUAUUUGACUUCACCUUCACAUGAGUAAUUUAAAUUAUCUGCUGAAAUGGAAUUGUAAAUUGAAAUGUUCUGAGGGUAAUAAAUUUUUUUCAGCAAAUAUACAUGUAUAAAUAUGGUCUCAUCUUGUUUAUUCUCUUGCUUUGGUAAUAAAGAUUUCCAAGGAACCACA